AUGAGCGAUGCGAUGCGUGAAAAGCUCGCGAGACUGCUUCGCGGCUCUAUCGCUGCGCAGACGCAUACUGUCACCACGGACAAAUUUCAAAACGGCACCACUCAUCCUGUACUGCUUUAUUCUGAUGAAGGGAGCGCACGCGAAGGCGGAUUGGUAUGGCGCGGGUGUUCCGGGAACUGCGACGCGGAAGAUGGCUCGGCGGGAACGCUCGCCGAUGGCAACGCCAACCCAGGAGACAAGUUGGAGGGGUCGGACGCAGCUCCGGACGACCCUGUUCACCUCAAGAGACGGGUGGGACUCUUCAGUGGGGUGGCUCUAAUCGUCGGUACUAUGAUCGGUUCUGGAAUAUUCGUGUCGCCCUCUGGGCUUUUGGAGCGUACAGGCUCAGUGGGCAUAAGCUUCAUUAUAUGGAUGGCGUGUGGGCUACUCUCGUUGCUAGGAGCGCUCGCGUACGCGGAGUUAGGAACGAUGAAUACAUCCUCUGGAGCUGAGUACGCGUACUUUAUGGACGCUUUUGGUGGACCACCGGCGUUCCUCUUCUCUUGGGUGUCAACGCUGGUGCUGAAGCCGUCUCAGAUGGCCAUAAUCUGUUUGAGCUUCGCAAAAUAUGCGGUGGAGCCUUUCGUGUCAGAGUGUGAACCGCCCGACGCUCUCGUCAAACUUGUGGCACUCAUAUCUAUUGUGAUGAUUCUUGCCGUCAACUGCUACAGUGUCAAUCUAGCGACGAACGUCCAAAAUAUUUUUACUGCUGCGAAACUGGUCGCCAUCGCGAUAAUCGUCUGUGGAGGAGCUUACAAACUCAUUUUAGGUAAUACGCGACAUUUACAGGAGCCCAACUUCGCAAGUAGCACCGCGACGCUUGGCAACAUCGCCACGGCCUUCUACACCGGACUGUGGGCAUACGAUGGAUGGAAUAAUCUUAAUUAUGUUACAGAGGAAAUUAAAAAUCCUUCCAAGAAUCUGCCUCUGAGCAUAAUAAUCGGCAUUCCGCUGGUGACGUUGUGCUACGCGUUGGUGAACGUGUCGUACUUGGCGGUGAUGUCUGUGAGUGAGAUGGCGGACAGUGAGGCGGUCGCUGUUACCUUCGGGAACAGACUCUUAGGACCCAUGGCCUGGCUGAUGCCGCUAGCUGUUACUAUAUCAACUUUUGGCUCCGCAAAUGGGACUCUAUUUGUUGCGGGAAGGUUGUGCUUCGCGGCAUCUCGGGAGGGUCAUUUAUUGGAUAUACUUUCGUAUGUCCACGUACGUCGGUUUACACCCGCCCCAGGACUUAUAUUCCAUUCUCUGAUAGCGGUGGCGAUGGUGCUGUACGGAACCAUAGAUUCAUUAAUUGAUUUCUUCUCGUUCACUGCCUGGAUAUUCUACGGUGGGGCGAUGCUGGCGUUGAUUGUGAUGAGAUACACCAAGCCCCACGCGCCUAGACCAUACAAGGUGCCGAUUAUAAUUCCCUACAUAGUCCUGAUUGUGUCCGCGUACUUGGUGGUCGCUCCGAUCAUAGACAAGCCUCAGUGGGAGUACUUGUACGCGGGAGCUUUCAUCCUCGCCGGCCUGCUGGUCUACCUGCCAUUCGUCAAGUGGGGAUACUCACUUCCCUUCAUGGAUAAAAUUACAGUGUUUCUUCAGAUGGUUCUAGAAGUGGUGCCAACGUCGACGACUUUUGAAUAUUGA